AUGGCUGGAACCCAGGCAGCAGUGGACUACACCAAAGUGUUGGUGAAGAAUACAGUAAGGUUCAUCCUCUUAGUUCUGUUUCUCAUAUCUCUCGUUGUCUCGUUACUCCUAUGCAUGCUUGCUGACAUCUUUCAAGCCUACGCCCCCGUCUUCCCAUUGUGGCCAAUGGUUUUUGCGAGCGUUGCGCUAAACGUUGCGUGUGCUGUUUCGACUUCGUUGUAUCAUCGAGUAACGUGCAAGGCUUCUCGUUCUUAUAAGAGCUCCGGAAGCAACCAUGCAUAUUUGGCAAUGCAAGGUUUCGGGUACGGUUUGCUUUUUAUUUGUCCGGCGGUGCUGUUCUUAUAUAUUGAACUUUUAGCUUCCCCUGUUGCCGUCUACCGCUACGGAUUGAUAACAGCACUGGGUGGUUCAUGUGCCGUGGCAAAUGGGCUAUUGAUCGCAUCUUUGCGGUACUCCGAAAAGACUCAGCGGCGAGUGAAAGAAGGUGGACUUGGGGGAGGCGAGAGGCCACAGCGCGACUCCGGUCUGUGGAGGAGACGUUUGUUAUUGCUUCCAGACGGCGAGACAGCCAUUGUCGUUUUGCUUUGUAUCAUUGCUCUCACGUGUUCUAUUAUUGCGGAGUAUUUUACGCACCUGCGCCGUGCGUUGACCAUUGUGGGCAUGUUGCUUCUCGUAGUUAGUGCGGCUAUCACUCGUGUUGGCACUGGGUAUCGGUCUGCUACCGGCGAGCACCCCUUCUCGAUCUCUAGGUGCAGCUUCAGAACGGGUAUUGUUCAAGGGCUUGGUUGGUUUCUGGGUGGGGCAACGUUGUGUUUCGAUUUGGUUUUGUGUAAUUCAGGUGCGGGCGCACCUCCGUCUUGGCAUAUCAUCAGUGGGUUAAGUUCGAUGGUGAGCGUUGCUGCACUCCUGUUUGCAAGGUUUCACCGCUUCACAGAACCUACAUUCAAACAAGGCUUGCAGUUGUCCAGUGAUGGACCCUACGUAAUGACAGCAACAAGUCUAUUUCAACUUACUUUUGUGUGGUGUUUAACGUUACUACUAUCUACGGAGUACUGCGAACUAGGUAUGCAGUUGAGGCAGGGGCUGAUUACGUGUCAAACCCUCACAGCGGUAUCCAUGUUUGCCCUGCCUCUUUGCACUCACUUUCUUGGCCGUGUUGUGUUCGGCAAGGAGUACGGAAUAUGGAUAAGUCUUGACUGCCGGUUAGAAUUCGCAAUCUUGCAGCGGUUGGCGUGGUUUUGCUACAGCAUAGCCAUUUUCUUCGCCGUACUUCACAUGACGGAGUCCAACCACUUCAGGUUCGUUGUCAUACAGGCCCUACUGGUCGGAGUUUCUCAAUGCCUUGUACAUGCGUCGCUUUGGGCAUUCGGUGGGGGAACAUUGGGGAGAUAUUCAAGCGAUGUUGAAGAUCAAGAGUCUUUAUCACGUACUACUUCCACCAAAUCCACUUCACAGGAGGAAGACUCAGAGGGGGAAGCCUCCGUAUCUUAUGAGGGCGGUCGCUCUGCUCUACCUCUAGUACUGAAUGCAGAGAUGGUCACCGCCAUUGCGGUCUGCGUGUGCGGGAUUGCUCUUCGGCUUGUUGCCGAUGUGGAGUCCAUGGAUGGCGCAUUUGUCGGUGCUCUGUUGGGUGUUCCCCGGAAAUCGCUUCUGAAUCUUGCAAGGGUCAUGGCCACUGUUGCGGUACCGCUUGCUCAUAUUUCAUCCAGGGACCGUGUUCCUUUGUGGCAGCCAUUUGUUGGCUGUGGUGGUUAUGUUUCUAUGCAAGCGGUGGGGUGGUCCGUUUACGCGAUCAAUACGUUGAUUGAGGCCGCCAAUUACUUUCAUGAGGAACGCCGGAGUCUUGCGUCUCCGGUAUUUGGAACUCAAUCUAUGCCAUUGGAACACACAGUGGAUGGUGUAUGCGCUACCGUCCCGUUUAUUUGCAUAUUCCUGGGCUCCUUAUUUGAAACAUGGGCCCAACAAAGCGAGAAAAUUCAUCAGCGGAAGAUGCAACAGAAGAUCGUGGAGCUUAACAGCUUACUACAGCAUGUCAUUGCCGAUCCGGAGGAUCGGGAGCGGACGAAGUCACUUUUGAAGGUUGUAAUUGGCCCUCGGUGGAAAGAUUUGAGAAGUAGCGGAAGUUCCGACGAGGACGAACGCGCCGAGGAGGUGGAAACAAGAAAGGAGGGCAUGAGAAAUAUCGUAGCCAUUCUCUGCGUCUGUGUAAUGAUGUUGUUUGCGACUUCCGCGUUUUCAGCAACGCACCAACCCGCCUUUACACUUAUAUUCGGGAUAUCAGGUAUGAUGAUGACGAGUGUAUCGUGUUUUUCGCUGCAACUUUUUUACGGAUCGAUCGUGCACGGGGCCACCGGAACCUAUUCGUACUUUAUGCCAUUUUCUGGUGGGCAAAAGUUUGUUGCAUUCCAGACUGCUGGGUGGUCUUGUUACGCGGCUGCACUAUUGUUAAUUCUAAUAAGUUGUCUCGAAGGUCGCGGUUCGCCCACUGCCUUCGUUUGCAUGGGUUUCUUUAGUGUCGCGGCACAGUUUUUGAUUUUGAAUUCUAUUCCGCAUUUUGAUUCCACUCCGAGACCGGCUUCGUUGUUGGAACAAAAUGCGGAAGCGGCGCUUGCCGUGUUUGCGCUCGUUGGUUCCUUUACUUUUGGUGUUGUAUGGAACGCCUACACAGGCGGUGGCAUUCCAGGGCAGGCGCCAUCCCCGCUCCCCAUUAUUGUUACAGCUAUUGCCGCAUCGUGUGCUGCACCAUUGGGAAUCGUGUCUUUGAAGCGCCACAUGGAGCGUUCCGCCAUGUUCGCCGUCGCUGAUGGACUGGAAAGUUCCUCCGAGGCAAGUGACGGUGAAGAGGAAAUACGCAGUGAUGGCCACACGGAUGCAAUCGCCCAUGUAAGUAAUGGGAGUGGACACCAGUUCCCCUCUUCAUUGAUGCAGGGCCAAGUAAACACCGGUGUCGACUCGGAGCGAGGGACAAAUGAUUCCUUCGACACCCAAGCAUCCCGCUCCUUUCCAGGAUCCACCGGAUCGUUCGGGAGUGGCAAGCGGUGCCGCUCAGUGCAGCACAUGGAGGUCAUACCGGGCACAUUGUACACGAUUUGUCUCAUUUUGGCGCUGCUUGCUACACUGAUUUGGGUUAUAUUCGUCCCGAUAGUUCUCUUCUAUAUGUUCUACUCGUACGCCUACAGUGGACUUGCCGUAUUUCACAUGACGUUUACGACAUUUCACAUUGUGUUGUUCCUGCUUUCCAUUGCGGUUGUUACCCCGGUGCUCGUCCAAAUAAUUUACGACAGACGAUGUAAGGGUCUUCGGGGGAAGUUCUGGAGCCCUCUAGUUGCUUUUACUGUGUACUCCCUACCAACAAUUGUGGUUUCAACGGUGCUUGUUGUCUGGACUCAGGUGGACACAAUGGGGGCCGAGGUUUUUGCCCUAAACAUGGUAUUCAUGAGUUGCCUUUCGUUCCUUUCGUGUGCUUAUCUGGUGGCGUCACUCUUUAACACAUGUUUCCUCGGAUAUGUGCUGCACUUUUAUCUCUACACAUGUUUGGUUCAGGGGUUGGCGCCUCUUGUCGUUUGGAAGUGCGUCACGGACGUCGGGUUUACAGUGUUUUGGUUGUGGUACUUACGAGGUUACGGUAAGCUCCCUCACAUCACUGGAUGCAUGUGCGGUGCCAAAUCGCGGGACUUGUUCCGUACCUAUUUAUCACCUGCCAUUGUCGAUUACUUCAGUGCGCGUCUUAUUGUUGAUGGGAGGGGGAAGGCUGGAAGGGGUAAAACGGUUAUAUACAGUAAUUCCGAGGGGGAGGAGGAAAAUGCUGGACCUGAUCACAAUGAUCCGUCAAACAAAUACAUUUAUUCCUUUCAUCCGCAUGGUGUUUUCCCCGGCACCGCACUCUGGUUGCCGAUGUCACCGCAGUGGGAGGAACUGAUCGGCCGCAACGAGGAGACCAUUGUCACAACACACGGUGCAGAUGUGAUUUUUGCCGUCCCGUUCAUGCGUGACGCGCUUAUGUCAGUUGGCACCAUGAGUGUAUCGAGGAAAGGAAUUGAGAACUGUCUUAAGCAAAACAACAGCCCUAUUAUUGUGACUGGUGGGAUGGCGGAAAUGGUGUAUCAGAAGGGUAGUGACACCGAAAUGCACAUCGUCAUGCAUCACAGCGGGUUUGUUCGAAUGGCUCUGCAGCAUGGGGUGCCUAUUGUGCCUAUCCUUUGUUUCGCCGAGCAAAAUGUAAUGAUGAAUGUUCCCUUUCCACGUCUACAGAGACUCACCUCGAGAAAGCUUGGCUUUCCAUUUCCCACAAUGCCGUAUGGGAGAUGGUUUCUUCCCCUUCCACAUGCACGGCCACUCACCGUAGUGGUGGGUAAACCAAUUCUUCCAGAUCCUGCGAUGUGCAAUGCUGAUGACCCUGAUCAUGUAGUACACUACAGACUCCGCUAUUUUGGUGAAUUGCAGCGGCUUUUCUUCAAGUAUCGUGAUGAAGCCGGAUACCCCAACAUGGUGCUUCAUCUCCACUGCCACAACGAGACGCAUAUUGUGACAGAAUUUAAAGGGUCGGAAUCAGUUAAAGAUGAUCAAAACCAAUGA